AUGAAACUGCUGGCUCACGGCGGAUCCACCAUAGUUGUAGGCGCAGACGUCACUCAUCCUGGCCGUGGCAGCGUUCAACACUGCCCCUCAGUGGCUGCCGUUGUCGCCAGCACCGAUCCAUUCGCAGUCAACUAUCCUGGCUCGAUGCGCCUUCGGCGAUCGAAGCAAGAGAUGAUUGCCGAUCUUGCUGACAUGCUGGAGGAGCGUUUGGGAGUGUGGUUUCAGGGCCACAAGAAGUUACCAGAAAACAUUCUAUUCUACCGAGAUGGUGUCUCUGAGCCUCAGUUCGCCAUGGUGAGAGACGAGGAGCUGUUGAAGAUCCAGAAGGGUUGUGCGAGCGCCGGUGUGAAGCACCGCUUUUCCUGCGUACAAGUCAAAGAUUACCCUUGUUGUCUACGGAAAGCGCCACCACACUCGAUUUUAUCCACCAGACGCGGCGAAGAACGACCCCAACCAGUCUUGGGCAAUUGA